GGACACACAACACACACUUUGACUGCACUCAUACACACACAGACACACUCGCCACCUUUCUGGACGACUUCAGCCCCCCCACCUCCAAGGACGGUGUUUCCCAUCAUGCAACACCGGGGCACCUCAGAGCUCCAGAAGGUCACCCAGCAGGGGGUCACGUUGCCACCAGAGGUCCAGGAUGGAUUCUCCUCCGAUCAGGCUGCUACUGCGGCUCCGUCGGGGUUGAAGAGGAGGCGAGGUGCUCCUCUGUGGGCAUGGCUGGUGCUGGGUGCCUUCCUGGUGCCUGGAGCCUGGAGCAGCCUCAGCGAGGAGCAGGAGGAGCUGCUGGUGGAGCUCCACAAUCACUACAGAGGACAGGUGUCGCCCAGCGCCUCCGCCAUGCUGCCCCUGAAAUGGGACCGCAACCUGAAGGUGCUGGCUGAGGGCUACGCGGCCAAGUGCAUCUGGAACCACAACCCGGAGUUGGAGGACACCGGAGAGAACCUCUACGCCGGCACCGGGCCUCUGGACCUGCGUGCGGCAAUGGAGAAAUGGUUCCUGGAACAUCUCAACUACGACUUCCACAACAAUAGCUGCGAUGAAGACAAGAUGUGUGGGCACUACACACAGAUGGUGUGGUCAGACACACACAGGGUGGGCUGUGCCUUCCACCUGUGUGACCACAUGGAGGGUCUGUCCUGGGAGAAGAUCUCCUACCUGGUGUGCAACUACUUCCCAGCGGGGAACUAUGAAGGCGAGCGUCCAUACGUGGAAGGAGACUCCUGCUCCAGUUGUCCGGACAAACUUCUAAGAUGUGAAAACAACCUCUGCGUUCCCGAUACGGAGGAGGAUGAAGGUGAAGUUGUAGAAGAGGAGUCAACUGUUCUUCCUCCUCUUGAGACAUCAGACCCCGCCUUCCUGCCUGAAGAGGAAGAAGAGCAGGGUGUUCUUCCUCCGGCAACAACACAAUCAUUCCACCCAGAAGACGCCAGCAUGACUCCUGCAACCACCACCACCAGUACCACCACCACCACCAGUACCACCAGUACCACCAGUACCACCAGCACCUUGGCCCCAUCCCAGGACCUCGCUGCCCCAAACACGCCUCCUCCAAGGGCCACGCCCCCAAAAGUCCUCACAACAGCUCAGCGGGAGGCGGAGACAAGAAAGGAGGCGGAGUUAGCGGACAAGGACGAGAAGGCAGGAAAAGAAAGAAGGACGGACGGACUCAAAGCGGAGAUCCUCACGAUAAAAGAGGACAUCCUCCAGAUACAGGCAGAUUCUGACUCAUCAUCUUCAUCUCCAUCCCCCUCUCUGAUGCUUUUAUGGAGUCUGACCUUCAUCCUGCUGCUGGCACACAUGCACAUUCACAUCUAGUACACGGCUGUUGACCUGCCACCACUUUUUUGGUCGCGCGGACUCAAACUGGGACCCGCUCAAGCAGAGCAGCUCAAUAUCACAUCAAUAUAGUCUGUAGAUACGUGUGAGGACCCACGCAUGAUGCUGAGCUUGGCUGUCUCCAUGGAAACAACAUCAUAUGUCAACGCAAAGAAGGAGACACAUGUAUUUCUUUCCUGAAACUUUUAACGACCUUUCUUUGUGUAAUGUCCCGAACGUGUAACGCUACGCUGCACGUACUGUACAUGGUGUAGUCCUGCUGGAAGUGCAAACAUCUCAAACGCUUCAAAUUCCUCGCCGUUCUGCACAGGAAGUCAACUUAGCUUCAAGAGUUGUAUAUAAGGUAAUAAAGACAUGUUGUGUU